GUUUUGUCUUUGUAUUUAAUCUAUGGUUUUGUCUAGGCGCGUAAAUAUUCUUUGGUUGUCAAAUAGUAGCGAAGUAGUUUGUUUUUGUGCAAUAAAUUUAUUGAAUUAAUUUUUUUUUACACUUUAACGACACAAUUAUCAACUUGAGUAAUUUUCCUACUAGUGCGGUGUUAGUCAAAACUUAUAAUCCGUUUUUUUGUGGGUUGCAAAUCAGUUUUUUUCUAAAAAUAUGGCAAAAGUUCAACUGUGUAAUAUUACCGUGAUGGAUAACCCUAGCCCAUUCUUAAACCCUUUUCAGUUUGAAAUUACUUUCGAGUGUAUAGAGGAACUUAAAGAAGAUUUGGAAUGGAAAAUGAUAUAUGUUGGGUCUGCAGAAAGUGAAGAGUAUGAUCAAGUUUUGGAUUCCGUGUUUGUAGGACCUAUUCCAGAAGGUAAACAUAUGUUUGUAUUCCAGGCUGAUCCACCAAAUGUCUCGAGAAUCCCAGAGAAUGAUGCCAUCGGGGUAACAGUAGUAUUAUUAACUUGUUCCUAUAGGGGUCAAGAAUUUAUUCGAGUAGGUUAUUUCAUCAACAAUGAAUAUAGUGAUCCGGAGAUGAGGGAAAAUUUGCCCAGCCCUCCACAGUUCGACAAGGUUAUAAGAAAUAUAUUGGCAUCGGAACCUAGAGUAACAAGGUUUAAAAUCAACUGGGAAGAAACGAAUCCCCAGGAGAAUGGCGCAGCUGUAGAACAGCCUGGUCCUGGCACCUCUUCUACCACUGAAACUGAAAAUAAUACCCCUGUAGAUGUCCCAGCGUUCAAUGAAAACUCAAACUCUUGGGCCACAAUGGAAUGUUCUUAAAAUCACAGAUCUUUUGUGUAUAUAGUUAUCGUAAUUUCUAACUCGUAAUAAUUUUGUUUUCAUAUCUUUGAAGAGAAAUGGUAUAAUUUAUCUGAAUAUUUUUUCAAUACCAAAAAGUGGAUGAAAUAUACCAUUUACAAUUUAAAAGGAUCAUCAUUUCAACUCAUUUUCUGUAAGUUCGAGCAGCUGGUGUUUCUCAAAUAACUUAUAUCCAAGUCUUCAGUGGAUUUUGUUUGAUGAGGUUUAUUUUCACCAACACAUUUUGAAAAAAAAAUACGUUAAAAGAACAAUGUUGAAAAUAUAUCGAUAAUAAUUUAAAUUUGAUCUUUGACAAAUGGUAUUUGUUAGCGAAACUAACCUAAUUUUUCAUUUUCAAAACUCCAUUGUUAUUUAUAUGAAAUUUAGUAUAAGUAUUAUAAGUGUUUUCUUAUGAGGUUUUUCAAUAAAAGU